GAAACUCAAAAACAUUGCAGAACUCUUAAACGCCUUAACGUAUCAACAUACUUCCUUCGGCAAAACGAUAGUAUCAAAUUAGUUCUACAAGUGUUCUAUACAUUGUCCAUUCGAGAAAUGAGACACACAAAAACUACAGCCGUUAGAUUUUAGAUUUCAAUCUAAAUGAGGAUCACCCUAGUAACAUUUUCCAUCAAAAGGAGCGCCAUUUGAUUACAAACAACUUUUGUGAAGACACCAACUACAAAAAAAAAACUAAUAUUUAAUAGUUUUGUCACGCUAAUUUCCCGUUUCGGACCAUAGUGCGGUGCUGGAAGUAAGGAAUAAUUUGAAUAAAAAAACACAUUUUGUUUUUUCGGCAAAACAGCUUAAACAAAUUUAUUCAAACUUUUUUUGCAUUAUAUACCAUCAUUUAAAGAAUAUUUUGUUAAAUUUAUUGAAAAAUAAGGCGGUAACAGAACAUUCCCCAAAACCUCAUUUGAGAAUCCUGUUGCGCGGUGUUUUUAAGUUACUAUUUUGAUUUUUUUUACAAUUCGUGGCAUAUUUAAACAAAAAAAAAACGCAAUCUUACGCUAAAUUUUCCGCCUAUUUUGAGGUGAAAAACUAGCAUAAUAUCAAAAUUAAAAAGUUUCAGACACGUUGCGGCAUUAAUACCAUUUACUUUUUUUAUGCCAAGGCAUUUUAUACCAAGAGAGUUAGUUCCAAGUUUGAAAAAAUUGGUUUAGUAGAUUUUGCAGAAUCAUGUUCGCGGACUUCGAAAAAUUGGUUUUCAGAAAAACGCCUUUUAGUUUUUUUUUCAAAAAGUGAGCAAAAAAUAUUUAUGGUAACUUACACUGAAUCGAUCGAUCACAGGUCCAUAAAUUUUUGAAAUGUGAAACUACAAGAAAAUACAAAAAAAAAAACGAUUUUCCGAAACUGUGUAUCCAUAUCACCCCCGCCCCCUAAUCAGGUUCGUUAACAAACUUAGAUUCAAAUGAAAGGUUUUAUAGCCUCAUACAAUUUUCUUGAAUUUCCUUUGGAAUCGACCGACCGAAAUUUUUUACCCGGUUUUCACAAACUAAGAAAAAACUAAAAGGUCUUAAAAUUCUUCCAAAAAUCCCCAAAUAAUUUAUCCAGAUCUAACUUUCGGUUACGGUCUUACUGUGCGAUUAGUGAAAAUUUUCAAUUUUAUGAGUAUUUUUUCACAAGCGAUAGCGAAACGAGGUGCACAUUAAAAAUAAAUAAAUACUGCUAAAAUCAUCUAGUUGGUAGAUCUUGUUAGUAAGUGAAUAUAUAAAACUGCUUUGGGACUACUAGUCCUCGGUUUCCGCUUCCGAAAGCACCGAUAAUAGUGAAGAAAAUCUCCAAAAACGGAACUCACUUCGAUUUCUCAGCAACGGUUAAGCCGAUUUUUACAAAUCAUGAUUCAAAUUAAAGCUCUCAUUGUCUUUAAAUAUACUGUGUAAUUUCAUUCAGAUCCGACUUCUGGUUCUGAAAUUAUUGAGUGUCAAAACAUUCAAAUCGUCAUUCAAAAUGACGAUGCAAAACUAGCACGUGCGGUUUUGCUCCGUUCGCAGCGUGCUUCGUUCAAUUUCGUAUAGCGUGCAGGGUUGCCACAUUGAAAUUUAUAAUUUUCAAGUGAAAAAAUGUAAAUUUCUAAUUCUUUUAUUCAAUUUUUACCUACUCGUUAGUGUUAUUAUAAGAUCUUGAUAACGAUGCUUUACUAUACAAGUACACUUUUUGCCUUUCUCAGAUAGAAAGUUUAUGCAAUCACUAGACUAAUGAAAAUUGGCUCAAGGGGCAAAGUGUUCAUCGAACUGACCAAUGUAUGUGUCUGUGCGUGUAUGUGUGUGCGUAUGUGUCAAAUAAUGUCACUCAUAAAAUAAAAAAUUUCGUAGUCCCAUAGAUUGCUAUUGAAUUUCACAUAUUGAAAAAUUGAAAUAAUAUGAUAAAGAGCUAAAAUUCAAGCUCAAUAUAAUCAUUGGAUACAAAACAACAUCCGAUACACAAUCACAUGUGUCCGUGAAUAAGUAAAUGAGUGUUUUGACGGAUCAUCGUUAUUGUUUGGGUUAUUAUUCGCAUUACCAAUCGAAUCCUUUGUUGGUGGCAAGUAAACAGUGGUUUGGUAAAUUUCGUAAUUCAAUGUAAAAUGUAGCACAAUCUUGCCAUAGUUCGAUUGUUGACCAGACACUGCGUAAAACACAAGCACCGGUAAUUGUCGUGUCGAACAAUUGAAACGAACAACACAAAUUUCUACAGUUCUAUAGAAUCUCAUUUACCUCAUUCCCGAUGCGGUGAAUAACACUUGCCAACGAUGCUGUCACGUCACUCCGUGCGGUGACCUCGUUAUUGAGACAUCUUCGGAAAUUUCACGCUGCUCAUCUGGAACAAAGCGUUCAAUUUCCGUCCAUCCCAUAUGCAGUCGUUCUUUGGCCGCACGUACAACAAUUUGUCAUCGAUUUCGGAAUGCAAAAACAACGGAGAAUGUGUCAUCAACAAGAAGAAUCGUACCGCUUGCAAGGCGUGCCGGCUGCGUAAGUGUCUGGUGGUCGGAAUGUCCAAAAGCGGUUCACGAUAUGGCCGCCGAUCGAAUUGGUUCAAAAUUCAUUGUUUGCUGCAGGAACAGCAGGCCCAUAAAAACAACAACAACAACAUUCUUGCUAGCAAUAAUAACGACACCAGCAGUAGCAAUAAUAACAAUAACAGCAGUAAUCAUAAUAACAGUGGAAGUCGAAAUAAUAGCUCUCCUGGGAUGCUUCCGAAUGGCUUCAUUCCUGCCAACUUUCUAUCGAAUCUCUGUAACAAUAACAACAACAACAAUAACAACAAUGUAACUAUUAAGAAGGAGUUGAAGAGACCUUGUUCGCCCAGCGACUCGGGUGCAUCCUCCGCCGAUCCGGAAGAAAACAUCGGCUUCAGAGAUCACUUCACGAAAAGUAACCACGCAAAGUCACCCAAGAUAGAAAUACCCGAAGUGACCCUGACCAAGAUUAGCCCGAAGAUCAACCGAACACCGUCUUCAUCUUCGUCGUCGACGGUAGCCAUCACAGCUGACAGUUUUCGGCCUCUUUUGGAUCGAAUAUCUCCCUACUCUGCACCGCCUGCCAUCUUUCGACCAGAAACGACACCAUAUUUUCCGAUGCCUUUCGCAAUCCCACCUGUUUCGCUGACACUGACGGCAUCCAGCAAUCAUGUCCUCGAACAGCACGAGCCAAUCGAUCUGUCGAUGAAGUGCAAAUCGUCCAGUUCAUCCGGAUCUCCUCAGCGGUUGGAUUCCGCGUCGCCAUCGCUCGGCGAGGUGUCCGAUUCGCAAGUGUUGUCAUCUGUAGAAACAAGCCCACCGCGACCCGUUCCGCUGGAUCUCACCUUCGUGCGGACGAAAGCACUCUCCGGGUGAUAGUUUUCCGGCGCCCGUUUCUCUCCUGUAUUUAUACUACUCUUUUCAAAAUGUGAUUGAUCAUAACACUUGUUCUAGAAUAGUGUAGUGUUUGUAGUUAGUGUAGGACAGGGUAUUGAAUAUUUAUACUUACAACGCAAGAAGUGCCAAAAUCAACUCUCGACAAUUUAUAAAAACAACGAAAAAGUUAAGAAAUCCUCGCAUUUAGAAAACUGAAAGUAGAGAAUAUUCGUGACACCAAUUAAAUGUAAUACAACAAUAUAUUUUCGGAAGAUUUUUCAUAUAAUUGUAAGGCCAGUUAUAUAUCAUGAAUAUGAAUCGAAAGUUGAAAAUAAGUUGUUGUCCUCGAGACGAGGAAAUCCUCUAAGGCACUAAGCGUUACCCGCUUGGCAACCGAGUACAGUGUUAGUUAGUAAGGGACAAAUUUGCCAGUAUGCGAAAUUAAUUCAAUGCAUUUCCCAAAUUCGUUGAUUUCCGAUGUUUACGACAGACGGGGCAGUACUAUUUCAUGAACAACCACCUCACAGCCAGUAUCAACCGAUGGUGCCAGAUGAUAGUGUACAAAUAGACUACUAAAAUACCAUUUACACAUACUCAAGCAACACUCAAAUCGAAAUCCGAAGUCUGAUUGAGAAGCGCUAUCAGUUAGCAGAGAUUUCCCGUGAGGUUUCAUAAACGAUUGAUUGAUUAUUGAUUGAUUGCGAAAAAAGCAUUUGUUUCUAGCUUUUUCCUUUUAGUACGCAUGGGAUCAACGCUGGAUUCAAUUUUGAAUGAUUUUAUCAGAGUGUUGUUUUAAAGCUAUUAUUAUUUAUUGAUUAUAUGUAAGGAACUCCUGGUUUUCAAUCUGUACUACUUUUGCACUCUCUUCUGUAUAAACAUUAUGUACUUCUUUUUUGCUCUUCAAUGCAGAGUGUUGUUUUAGAAGAAUUUUAACUGCGUGGACACGUACCUAUUUAUA